AUGAUUGAGAGUCCGACAGCAGCUGCCGAAGCUCGCGCCGAGCGGCGCAGUAAGUACCACGAGGCCGACGUCGUCGUCGUCGGUGCCGGCGUCUUUGGCUGCGGUAUCGCCUAUGCCCUCGCCCAGCAAGGAAGAAGCGUCCUGCUCCUCGAGAGAUGGAUGCAGGAGCCCGACCGCAUCGUCGGUGAGCUGAUGCAGCCCGGCGGAAUCGUCGCCCUGCGUCAGCUCGGUCUGGCGGACUGCCUCGAGGGCAUCGAUGCCAUCCCCUGCUACGGUUACAAGGUCAGCUACCACGGCCAGGGCGUCGACAUCCCCUACCCCUCCUUGGACGAGAGCGGCCGCAUUGUCAGCGCCGGCGCCAAUGACGCCAGCGCGAAGCAGAAGGAGGGCAGGAGUUUCCACCACGGCCGCUUCAUCAUGAACCUCCGCAAGGCCUGCAUGAAGCAGGAGAACAUCACCAUUGUCGAGACCGAGGUCACCUCCACGAUCCGCGGCGACGACCAGGACACCGUGCUCGGUGUGAGAUCAAAGACGAAGGACAAGGCAACGGGCAAGACGAAGGACGACUACUUCUUCGGCCAGCUGACCAUCAUCGCCGACGGCUACGCCUCCAAGUUCCGCAAGGAGUACCUCCCCCAGGCUCCCGUGGUCAAGUCCAAGUUCUAUGCCCUGGAGCUCAUCGACGCCCCCAUGCCUUCACCUGGCUACGGCCACGUUGUCAUUGGCAACGCCUUCCCCAUCCUCCUGUACCAGAUCGGCACACACGAGACCCGCGCCCUCAUUGACGUGCCUGCCAACAUCCCCGAGGCGUCUCCAGCCGCCGGCGGUGUCCGCGGCUACAUCAAGAACUGCGUCAUGCCCACACUCCCGCCACAGAUGCGUCCCUGCUUCGAGGCCGCCCUCGCUGACGGCAAGAUUCCCCGCUCCAUGCCCAACUCAUAUCUCCCUCCCUCGCGCCAGACGGCCAAGGGCAUGCUUCUCCUUGGAGACGCCAUGAACAUGCGCCACCCCUUGACGGGCGGCGGCAUGACCGUCGCCUUCAACGACUGCGUCAUCCUCUCGGACCUGCUGCAGCCCUCCAAGGCGCCCAACCUGGCCGAUCAAAAGGUCCUGGAGGGCGUCCUGAAGGAGUUCCACUGGCGCCGCAAGAGCCUGACCUCCAUCAUCAACGUCUUGGCCAUGGCCCUCUACGCCCUCUUCGCCGCCAACGACCGCCAGCUGCGCGCCUUGCAAUUGGGCUGCUUCGACUACUUCCGUCGCGGCUACGCCUCCGAGCCCAUGGCGCUCAUGGGCGGCAUCAUGCACCAGCCUACACGCCUGGCGUAUCACUUCUUCAGCGUCGCCUUCCUCGCCAUCUGGCUGAACGCUUUUGAGGUCAUGAGCGGCGCGCUCGGCUUCCUCAAGCUGCCGCUGGCGAUGAUUGACGGCAUCCUCAUCCUCUGGAGGGCGAGCGUCGUCUUUUUGCCCGUCAUGUGGCGCGAAUUGAACUAG